AGAUAAGGCACAUGUUAGUGAAGAAUGUGAUCAAUCAAAUCCAAAGAGGCAUUGCAGGACAAUGGACACAGGCAAUAUUGGCAGGAGAAGUUUGGCACAUUGUCCCUACCUGUGUUGGCCUGCCACUAGAACUCAGUUUAUAUAGUACUGGUCUGAUACAUGCUGCAGUCAACGUUGGUGUAAAUAUGUCCCCCUCUUUAUCUGGUAGUUUUAAACCUUUGCAGUUCUUUGAUGCCAAUGUGCAACUUCAUGCUGAUAUCAACCCAAGCAUAUACACGCAUACAGUGGCAAUGAUGGGAAUCAAUACACAGUACUUUAAGAGUGGUCUUGAAUUUCAUGCCAAGUUCCGUGCCAACAUCCCAAUGAAAUUUUAUGCCAAAAUAAACAUGAAAGAUAAAAGUUUGAAACAACUCCGUGCCACCAGGAAACUGAGCUAGUGACUGCAAGGGUCUUUAUUCUGCAAGAUCUGAAACUUAUCAAGAGUUUAUCUUGAGGCAUCUGAAGAAGUGGGUUUAUUACCCAUGAAAGCUUAU